GACAUCCAGACCGGAGACAUGGCUCCAUAGGACUGCACAUGGCGGCUAGAAGCCAUGAACCAAAAAACAACCCACCAAAAAACAAUAAAUGCAUCUGUAGCAACCCGAUUUAAUUUCUUUCGGAUCUAACAACUCAACACAAACAUCAGCAUUAUUACUUCAGUCUGGUUUUCAGGGCUGGGGAGAGGUUACUUGCAACUCCUCAGACCUCCUCAGCUGUUUUACGUUUUCAGAAACCGCUUUAGAUUCAUUUUUUUCUUUAAAGACAGUCGACAUGGGUGUGCAAGGUUUCCAAGAAUACAUUGAAAAGCAUUGCCCCAAAGCUGUUGUACCGGUGGAACUCCAAAAGCUGGCUCGAGGGAGUCUGGUUAGAGGUGGCAGGCAGAGACCACCUCAAGGUCCACUCAGGCUGCUAGUCGAUGCCGAGAACUGCCUCCACCGACUCUACGGUGGCUUCUACACCGACUGGGUGAGUGGAGGCCAAUGGAACCACAUGCUCGGUUACUUGGCAGCCCUUGCUAAGGCCUGCUUUAACGGCAACAUAGAGCUACUGGUGUGCUUCAAUGGCGCAUUGGAGAAAGGCCGUCUUCACGAAUGGGUGAAAAGACAGAUAAACGAGAGACAGACAGCACAGCAAAUUGUCAGUCACGUUCAGAACAAGGGAACACCACCGCCAAAGGUCUGGUUUCUUCCUCCAGUAUGCAUGGCCCACUGUAUCCGACUGGCACUCCUCAGGUUCCAUAUCGGGGUUGUCCAGAGCAUUGAGGAUCAUCACCAGGAGGUGAUCGCCUUAUGCAGAGAGAAUGGCUUUCAUGGAUUGGUGGCCUAUGAUUCUGACUAUGCCCUAUGUAACAUCCCAUACUACUUCAGUGCCCAUGCCCUAAAGCUGAGCCGCAACGGCAAAAGCCUCACCACCAGCCAGUACCUGAUGCACGAAGUUGCCAAGCAGCUUGAUCUCAAUCCAAAUCGUUUUGUUAUUUUUGCUUCGCUUUUAGGUAAUCACAUACUGCCUGAUGAGGACUUGGCGGCCUUUCACUGGAGUUUACUUGGUCCCGAGCACCCAUUAGCAUCUCUUAAGGUUCGUGCCCACCAGCUUGUGCUUCCCCCCUGUGAUGUUGUCAUAAGGGCUGUGGCAGACUACGUCCGUAACCUGCAAGAUGUCAACGACCUGGAAGCCAUAGCUAAAGACAUAUUCAAACACUCUCAGUCCAGAACUGAUGACAAAGUUAUCCGUUUCAAGAAGGCAGUGGAAUAUUACUCAGCAGCAAGCAAGCCCCCUCAGUUCCCUACGUAUUUAGUCAGACCAAAUCAGAUCGGAGUGCCUGCAGCAGUGCCACAAUAUACACCUCCACAGAUGCUCAACAUUCCACAGGCUUCCCUUCCCAUGAAACCUGCGCUAACACACAGUACUCGACCGAUCCGGGCCCCCUCCCAGGUCCAGCAUGCCUACUCUACCCCGCUGGCCGAGCCCGCCCCAGCCGCCGACCCGACGGGCAAAGGGCUUCCAGAACAGAACAGCUUCAGCAACAUUCCUCACGAAGGGAAGCACACGCCGCUGUACGAGAGGUCUUCACCCAUUAACCCAGCUCACAGCAGCAGCCCCAACCACACGGAUCCAGCCUUCUUCAACACUUCGUCCACAUCCUCUUCCUCUGAGACCGAGGAAACCGCUGGUUCCACUGCCAAUCAUAUAAGUGACCAUAAGGGAUGGGACAAACAAGGAAAUCAAAUGGACAACAUACCAGAAGGAAACCUUGGGGACCAAGUUAAAUCUGAUCCUUCUACGUCCUCCCCUGUCAGUCAGGGACUGGAGGCUGAAGGUCAUCUUGGCAUGAAUGCCCAGAUUCCAUCCCUCCUUUCAAUGCCAACCAGGAACCACAUGGACAUUACUACCCCUCCCCUACCUGUGGUGGCCCCUGAGGUGCUGCGGGUUGCUGAACAUAGACACAAGAAGGGCCUAAUGUACCCUUACAUCUAUCACGUCCUCACCAAGGGUGAGAUCAAGAUAUCCGUCACCAUUGAAGAUGAAGCUAACAAGGACCUGCCUUCUGCGGUGCAGCUGUACCGGCCAGUCCGUCAGUAUGUUUACGGAGUUCUCUUCAGCCUCGCCGAGGCCAGGAAGAAAGCAGAGAGACUCGCCAUGAGGAGAAACCGUCUGCCCGAGUUUCCACCUGUUAUUAUAAAGGAGUGGGCGGCUUACAAAGGAAAGUCUCCACACACCCCUGAGCUGGUGGAGGCGCUGCCCUUCCGGGAGUGGACGUGCCCCAACCUAAAGAAGCUUUGGCUGGGCAAGGCUGUGGAGGAUAAGAACCGGAGGAUGAGAGCUUUCCUGGCCUGCAUGAGGUCAGACACUCCAGCAAUGCUGAACCCUGCCAACGUGCCCACCCCUCUCAUGGUGCUCUGCUGUGUGCUGCGGUUUAUGUUACAAUGGCCAGGAGUAAGAAUUUUGCGUCGUAACGAACUUGACGCUUUCCUAGCCCAAGCACUUUCUCCUAAACUAUAUGAACCUGACCAGCUGCAGGAACUGAAGAUCGAGAACCUGGACCCCCGGGGCGUCCAGCUGGCAGCCCUGUUCAUGAGCGGAGUGGACAUGGCGCUGUUUGCCAACGAUGCGUGCGGGCAGCCCAUACCCUGGGAACACUGCUGCCCGUGGAUGUACUUUGACGGUAAACUGCUUCAGAGCAAACUGAUCCAGGCCAACAGGGACAAGGCCCCACUCAUCGACCUCUGUGAUGGUCAGACUGAGCAGGUUGCCAAGGUGGAGAAAAUGCGUCAGAGUAUCCUUGAGGGUCUGAACUUUUCGCGGCCACCUCACCCGCUCCCGUUUCCACCUCCGCCUCCCCACGGCAUGCCUUUCUACCCCCCCAGCAGUACCUUUUAUCCUCCACCCCCAAUGCCUCCACCACAGGGUCGAGGCAGAGGAAUACCCGGUAAGAGGAUAUAUUGUAAGAGUGUCUGUCUAAACUGGUUAUGCAGCUUGCAAAUAUGUCCAAACUUGUACACUGCUGUGUCCUCUCUCUUUCUUACCGUAAAGUCCAAAUCUAACUGUUCCUUCUUGUUCCGUCACCCUACUUCCUUCCCAGGACUUCAAGCCAUUUCUUCGCAGGGUGGCAAGCUUGAGAUUGCCGGUACAGUGGUGGGUCAGUGGGCUGGAAGUCGCCGGGGGCGCGGCAGAGGCCCCUUUCCCAUCCAGGUGGUUUCAGUUGGUGGACCAGUCCGAGGACGACCAAGAGGAGUGAUAUCAACUCCAGUUAUAAGGACCUUUGGUCGGGGAACCAAAUACCAUGGUCGAGGUUUCAGGAAUCAGGGAUCAUACCAGAGUAAGCCCGCAUAUGCUGCUUCAGCAAAUGAGGUGGUGAAGGAGCGAAAGAAGCCCAAAGUGGAGACCAAGUCACCACAGUUAUCAUCUGAAGGCUCCACAGCAGAGAACGGUGUGGAGGGUAAAGAGGCUGACCAGCUGAAUGGGAACAAAGAGGAAAGUAGGGCUCCCAAUCAACCUGAAAGUGCCUUUAGUAAUGACUCUAAAAUGUGCAAUACUAAUCCUCAUUUAAAUGCACUAAAUACAGACAGUGAGAGCCACAGAGACGAAGCUCUUGGCGCCUCUGUCUUAAAAACAGAAGAGUAAACCUAUUUUUAUAGAGAGGGUGAAGGAUGGUGGAUGGGUCAGAGUUAGGAAUAUCUGGAAAGAUGGAAAGCCUACAGUUGGUGAACAUUUUUUCCUCUCCGAAAGUAAAAAUGAGGACUUACGAAAUUUGUAUCCCUCUUUGAUGUCAGCAAGUUAAAACUACAAGUAAAUGACUAUGUCUCAGUAAACAGAAGACCAGUAUACCAGUAUAUCUAGAAAAUACUACCAGGAUAAGGAGUAAGACGGUUCACUCCCUCAUCACUGAUAUUUACAUGUUUCAGACUGGUUACAUGAACAUUAUUUGUUUUUCCUUAAGAUACUGAAGCCGAAAAUUACUUUCAUUUGGCGAUCUUUUAGUACUCAUAGGUUGAGAUACUCUUCUAGUACCUGGCACCAUAUAUUUGCCAUUGUAAUUGAUUUUUUGUGUUGUGUCACAGUAAAUGCUUUAUUGAGAAGUAAAAACUCACAAAUGAAAAGAGAGAAACAAAAUCACCUUUCUCACAUGAGUCAUCACGGUGGGUUUUCUUAUUUUAAAAAUGAGCAGAAUUGUUACAAAAUUAUGAAACUAGUAUAAAUACUGCAGCUUAAGUUCUGAUGAUCUCAGUAUGUCAUACUUUAGCUAUAUAAGUAACAUGUCAAGAAAUGGUUAGAAAAUCACAAAAGAUGCAGACAACCUUUCGAAAACACCAAAACAUUUUUUUGUUUCAGAAAUUGCCACGCAUCAGUGAUCAACGAUUAAUGUGGGUUCUUGGAUCAAAUGUAGAACAUUAGUACUACUGUUUCAGCUAAACUUUCUGCAUGGUUCACAAUUUUAAAAAGGUGUGUAGUUAUUAUGCAUGUUGUCCUUUUCUUCCAUUUUUUCAAGUACUGUGCCCAUUUGCAAAACUUAAAAAGGCUAAUAAUCAGUAAUAGUCCUAUAAAAGAUGUUAACUGUUAGUCAGUAACUGAUUUGCUCUAACCUUAAAUUUUUGUGAUUAUUGACCUCUGUUGCAUUUAAUCAAAAAAAAAAAAAAAUUACAAAACGUUAUCUAGCCACUUUAAAUAUUGUUAACCCUGGUGUACUCAUCACUGUAUGCAUUAUUGUUCUUUGUUGCUGUUUUCUGCAUUCAUAUUAGCAAACCAUCUCUCUUGAAAAAAGAAAAAUCUCUGGAAAAAAAGCUUUAAUCUUAAAUUACCCCCCACCCCCCUAUCCUUAGCUGGAAACAAAUCCGCAAAAUGUUUGACCUUCCCAUUUGACAGUUUAGCAUAAGCAAGUAAACUUGUAAUCAUUUUUGAUGUUUACUUUAGUGUUUUCAAAACUUAUUGUACUUCUAAACAGGAAUCAUUACUUAACUUUUCCAUCUAAUCCUCCUGAUGCUUUUCAUUGCACAUUAGUGAUCAGAAAUAUGGUGUACUCCUCAGUCCCCCUCCCGCAAGACUAAAUAGGUUACCUUGAUGUAAGUUGAUCGGAGUUUUUUCCUAACUCAUGGGUUGUAAAAGAAUGAACUACUGUUGGGUUUGAGUGAUUGUUGAUGGACUGUGGUGUGAUGUAUUUGAAGGAAAUUGAAUGCAACUUACAAUGCUUAAUAAAAGUCUUUAUUCUUUUAGUAUAA